AUGCCUUUCGCGGAUGUGCCUGAUUCACCCAAGUACGCGGGUCCACCGAUUUUCGACGAGGAACCAUCUUUGGAGGAGGAACACGUGCCUGGCGACGUCGGUCCGACACUUGUUAUUCGAUGUUCUUGUUUGUCUCUGCGUUCGUCGUUCGACGAUGCCAUUCAGCGUCAUCAUAUAUUUGAGUCGAUUUGCACACUGGCGGGCAGGUUUGCGCUUUAUUAUCAGUGUCACCAUAUGACCUUGAAACUGCCCGUCGAAAAUUCGGAUUUGUUGGGUGGUUUGCCAUUGAAGGAUAUACAUCAUCAUAUUGACCUGGUGCCGAGUGCUUCUCUACCUAAUGAUGACUUACUAGAUCAGCUGCACGGGGCUUCCGUGUUUACCAAGUUGGACCUUUGCAGUGGCUAUCAUCAAAUUCGCAUUCGGCCGGGUGAUGAAUGGAAGACGACGUUUAAGAUUCACGAGGGGCUCUUUGAGUGGUUGGUGAUGCCUAGGGCUGCACACGAGUCGAGCGACUCGCGAGCGCUCGAGUCAAAGUUCGGCUCGAGCUCGAGUUUGACCGAACUCGAGUCGAGCUCGAGCGGCUCGAGCACGAACUCGAGUCGAGCUCGAGCCCAAAUUUUACAUUCCUUAGUGAUGCCCUUCGGAUUGUCCAACGCACCCAACAUGUUUAUGCGCGUUAUGAACCAGGAGUUGCGCGAUCUCAUUGGGAAGUAUGUGUCGUCUACUUUGAUGACAUCCUUAUCUACAAUCGCUCGGUUGAGGAGCAUUUGGUUCAUGUUCGCUCGGUGCUUCUCAUCUUACGCGCCGAGCAAGACUUUUGCGCGGAGUUGCCUUUCUGUGGAGGCCACUGGCGCUUUUUCUCUUCUUAAGCGUAGGUUGACCUCGACUCCUGUUCUUGUCUUGCCCGAUUUUUCGGGCCCGUUCGAAUUGUCUUGUGAUUGGACAACUCUAGGCAAAUAUCUCGCCCAACAAGUUGGUAAAAUUUAUGAGUGCUCAUUUGUUCCUUUGCCUGCACAUGACUUCACAUUCCAGCAGCCAUAUCUGUGA